AUGAGCUUUUUUUACCCAAAUCCGCGGGAAAAACUAACUACAGCGAGAAUCAUGCAACUGAAUGUCAUCAACACAACCGCUUCGGCAAGACAAGCUCAGGAUCCGAACUGUCGUCCGAAAAUCAAUGAAUCCGAUGAUCGUUUUCCGGCUCGACCAAAAGUUCACGACUUGAUGGGUUUUCUUCUUGAUUACGCGAAAACAAUAACAGAUCAAGCGAAUAAUAUGAAAAUAAUUGGUAAGCUCAUUAAACAAGAUUUGUUUUAUGAAGACAGCGAGGAGAAGAAGAUGCAAAAACACAUCAUCCAGAACAUGUUUGAUGGAAUGAGAUACUCAGCUCCUCUUCUCAAAAAUUUGACUGCGAUCAAAAUGCACGAUGUCGACUCAAAUGCGAUUCUUUUCUAA